CUGUUGUCCUAACAUGAAUGUUCUAUGCGAUGAGCAAUACGUAAUAAUAAACUGAUAAUAUACAAAAACACCUUAAAAAUGCGGGCUUUCAGCUUACUGUGCAUCGCACGGGGCGAACUGUUCAAUGCUCACCCGAAUUCCCUUGUCACAAUUUCCUGUUGACUCAUGUUUUUCUAUCACAGGCUUAACUAACUAGGUCAAAUCACCGCAUAAAUUUCAGUCACCUUGAACAACAGGAAACGUGCACGAUUUUGAGUUAAGGAAUGGAAACUACCAAACUUAUAGCAGCAGUUCUUGUGUGGAUGCUGCUUCCACGUUCAGGUUCUUCAAUUGCAAAUUGCAAAGAUGCCGUAGAAAGGGGAUAUGAAACCAAUGUUUGUCACUACAAAACAGAACCAUCAAUUUUAAAAUGUUCCCGGAAUGAAGAAAUAUUAGUUUUGAAACUUUUACAAAGAACUGAGACAGACUGUAAUCCAAAUGGCGACGGUUGUUGUGAAAACAAGAGAGAUGACAAACUGUACGACAUCGGGGGGUGUUUGGUGAACGAGAGCGAGGCUAGCAGGAAGACGGUCUACCAGUCAGCGCUGCGCGAGGUCCUGGAGGAGUGCAGUCAGAGGAGGUACUGUCUCCUGGAGAGUCAGGGCACCCACCUCCGCAGCCUCAUGAACAUCACACUGGAGGGGAGGCGUCCGUCAGCCGUGCUGGUCAACCACGAAUGUGUUAAAGCGGAUGAAUCAGUGAAAGUUUGCCAGAACCAGGCAAGAAAAGGUCCACAUGUCUACAUCGGUCUUGGCCAGACGAUGACGUCAUCAGCUGCGACCUGCACGUGUACAGUAAGGGGAGGUAACCGCGUUCAGCUGCUCGAUGUCCGGCUUGGUGAAGGUCAGAGCAGACUGUUCCUCAGAGACAAUGACAACACAGUCCUCACGCUCGGUGGCGAGGACAUCCAUUUCAUGCAGACAAAGACGAUCGGCCUGUCAGAAUGGAGUUUGCAUCUCGAGGUGGACCAGGAGAGCCGCCCACACAGUGUCUGGAUGAAAGUGGAAGGAUCCGGUAAUUCUACGGUUGACGUCACAUGCAGUGAUACACAAGCAAGCCCCUCCCCAUCCUCCUCAUCAGAAGCACCCACAGCAGCAUCCCCAACACUUGCACUUCCCGUACAGCCGAGCCCGACGUCAAAUUGUCUGACCCACUAUCUGCCGUACGUGUUUCUUAUCCUUGGCCUGGCGUCUGGCUUCCUGACGGGAGUUGUCCUGGCAGUGUACGUCAAAAGAAUUCUGAAACGAUCGCCUUUCAAGAAGAAGCCUCCCCCACCCCCCUCUGUUGUCCCGGGGAAAGGGAGAAGUCCCGAGGAGCCAGUCUACUCCCUCCCCUACAACAACCAGGGGAGACUGAUUGUAGUCAGGUCCCUGAAGAGACCCCGCGGAACCUUCUCUCAGGGUGACACGAACACCCAGCCAAAGCACAGUUAUUCAUCUAAUCCAACCAUUGACAAGGGGUUUGUGUACUCCAAGGGUGACGCUAUCGCUUCAAGCGAGGAGAAGCUGAGAACCCCGACAUAUCCUUGGUCCGACUCUUGCUCAGGGAGCACAGGACCUUAGAAUCUCACGGCUGACAACUUACUACCUGGAUUGCUGGGUCCAUUCCACUCAACACACCGGUGAAACAGUAGAAACUUCAUGUAAUUGAAAAUCACGGUUGAACAAAACUUAGUACUAAUGCCUGGAGCAUGUAGGUAUCAACUCUUUUAGCGGAAGCUGGUAUCUGUUGUACGCCAGUUGUAUCUACACAUGAGUUGACUGUUGUACGCCAGUUGUAUCUACACAUUAGUUGACUGUUGUACGCCAGUUGUACCUUCACAUGAGUUGACUGUUGUACGCCAGUUGUAUCAACACGUGAGUUGACUGUUGUACGCCAGUUGUAUCUACACGUGAGUUGACUCUUGUACGCCAGUUGUAUCUACACGUGAGUUGACUGUUGUACGCCAGUUUUAUCUACACGUGAGUUGACUGUUGUACGCCAGUUGUAUCAACACGUGAGUUGACUGUUGUACGCCAGUUUUAUCUACACGUGAGUU